AUGGCUGUGAAUCUGACGCAUGGAGCCAUAGCUAGAAUUUGCAGCAACGAAUCUGUCUACUCUCCUGAUAGAGAGUUUAAACCGAUUCUACAAGUAAUUAAGGUGAAAAAUCGAUGUGUAUGGCUUUCUGAUGGCACAAAUUCUAAUCUCGGAAUGCUCGUCAGUAAAUUAUUCAAUUUGGUAUUUUCAACAUUGUUGCAUGAAGGUUCAGUUGUUAAACUCACUAAUUACACGUUGAGCAAAUCUUUACACAGGAUUAUUUUCAUCUUAGACCUUGAUGUUGCACCAGACAAAUAUCAUCUUAUAGGACAACCUCUCCCACUACCCAAAAAUGCAUCAAGUUUACAACCUAACGUCUCCGACCUGCAGUUCUCUAACCUUCGCUUGUCUGAUGAGAGAAAAUAUCUGACGCAAAAUGCCAUAGAAAUAAUAUGCAGCGGCGUCGUCAGCGACAGUCUCUCUUGUGAUAAUGACUUUAAGCCGGUGCUGCAAGUCCUCGACGCGAAAAAGAACUAUAUCUGUCUUUCUGAUGGUAACCAUGCUAUUUAUGCAGUGCCACCCAGUAACUUAGCAGAAGAAUUGCGGUAUUAUAAUGUUGAAAUUCUCUCCAGUGGUUUGGAACAAGAGUUAGUCCUUUCACCAAGGCUCAACAGUUUCUCCAUUGUUAAACUUACUAACUACAUGUUGAAAAAUUUUGAUGGCCACAAGUUUAUCAUCAUCUUUGAUUAUGAUGUUGUACCAGACACAUGUGAUCUGAUCGGAAGUCCUGUCCUACUACCCGAGACUAAUGUUCCUAUGUCAAUAAACGCGAUUCAAAAAUUUAGUAGUACAUGGACACCGGUGAAUCUGACGCAAGGGGCGAUAGAGAUAAUGUUUAGUGACGAAUACUCUUGCGAUAAAGGGUUUAGGCCGGUGUUGCAAAUUCUCUUCAUGAGUAUCAACAGUCUUUUGCUGUCUGAUGGAUUAUAUGCUAAUACAGUAAACUUGCCGAAGAAUUUGACAGAGUUGGUUAGAACCAGAAGGUUGCAGACAUGGUCGGUUAUUAAAGUUACUCAUUUCUAUGUGAGUGUGAUUCAAAACCGCAGGACUAUUACCAUUGUGGAUCUCGAUGUUAUACUCGACGAUUGCGGGUUGAUCGGACGACCUGUCAAACCGCCGAAUAAUGUACCUGAGAUAAAUGUUAUACGGGCUGGAUAUAGGUGA